AUCGAAAUCAAACAAAAAUGGGAAUCAAGAAGAAACGGAAAGCUGAAGCCGGCCAACCCCAACCGAAUGUUCUUAUGGCGAUUCCUCUAUUCAUAUUCAAUUAUCUCCAUCCUAAUUCAACUUCAAGAGAGAAGAAAGUGAAAGUAAGGUUCUUCAAUGGAGUCACCAUUCAAAGGGGAUAUAUUGAAGGGGAAAGUUGGAUUGUUAACCGGUGGUGGAUCUGGAAUCGGAUAUGAAAUCGCUGCAGAAUUGGGGAAACAUGGAGCUUCGAUUGCAAUCAUGGGUCGUCGAAAGAACGUCCUUGAUUCCGCCAUUUCUGCUCUUCAAUCCCUCGCUAUUCAUGCUAUUGGGAUUGAAGGAGAUGUUCGAAAAACAGAGGAUGCUACUCGAGCAAUAGAGACAACGAUCACGAAGUUUGGGAAGCUCGACAUUCUUGUAAAUGCUGCAGCCGGAAACUUUCUUGUCCCUGCCGAGAAUUUAUCGCCUAAUGGUUUCCGAACAGUGAUAGACAUAGAUGCAGUUGGGACUUUCACAAUGUGUCAUGAAGCACUUAAAUAUCUGAAGAAUGGAGGAACAAUCAUAAACAUAAGUGCAACUCUUCAUUAUACAGCAACUUGGUAUCAAAUUCAUGUCUCUGCUGCCAAGGCAGCUGUAGAUAGCCUUACGAGGAGCUUGGCGUUGGAGUGGGGAACAGAUUACGGUAUUAGAGUCAAUGGGAUCGCACCCGGUCCCAUUGACGGCACUGCAGGCGUUACUAAACUAUUACCCGAUGAUGUACAACGCAAGUCUAGAGAAGCAUCUGCCCUCUACAGGAUGGGGAAGAAAUGGGAUAUUGCCAUGGCUGCUCUCUAUCUUGCAUCUGAUGCAGGUAAUUUCGUGAACGGGACAACAUUGGUGGUUGAUGGUGGAAUAUGGUUGAGCAAGCCACGACAUAUGUCAAAAGAAGACGUGAAACAAGUUUCGAAGGCAGUAGAGAAGAUUUCUAGAGAUGCCCCUGUUGGUGUUCCAAAGAGUAACCUCUGAUUCCAGGAUGAAGUUUAAGAACUCUUGUCACAAUUUUGAAAGCUAUAAAUUUCUAUCAGCAGUCGUAUUUAGGAUUAAAAAACCAUUUCGUUUUGUGUUAUAUUGCGUAUCAUGAAUCGAUAUAACGUCCGAAUUGAAUUGCGGAUGGCUUUUCGUUCAGAGGUGCACUUGUACUCGGAUAUUUACAACCUUCUAAAUUGAUUAUUAAAAACAAUUAAAGCGUUAUUUCAAUUGUAGUUUUGAUUCAGCUAGUUUAGACGUGUUGGUUUGAUUGAAUAGAAGUGAAAUAAUUAGAGGCCUUCUGGUUCGUGGUUUUAGCCAAAACCGGACGGAAUUAGUACAUCCACUAUAAUAAAGUCAAGUUUAUAUAAUGCUAAGAAUGUACAAGUGUCUUAAUAGACUACUUUUUAUGACUUAAGUUUAAGGACCAAACAAUUGUUCGUUCAUGUAAAAACGUC